AUGACAUGGCAUGAUCGGUUCGUUGCGCUCGCGAUCGCUUAUUAGCCUAAACGUUCCUAAGCAAGAGUCGCUGAUUUAUCUCACUUAUCUACUUUACUAUCUAUCACUAGAAUUUACAAGUUCAUUCCCUCUCUUACUCUAUCCUGAAUACCUUCUGAACCACCAAACCAAGCCAAGAAAGAGCCCUCAACAUGGCAGACCGCGCAAGCACAAAAGUCGUCAUUGUCGGCGGCGGCGGCACAAUGGGCUCGUCAACGGCCCUCCACCUCAUCCGCUCCGGCUACACACCGUCAAACAUCACCGUUCUGGAUGUGUACCCCAUUCCCUCUGCGCAAUCAGCGGGCUAUGACUUGAACAAAAUUAUGAGUAUUCGGCUGCGCAAUGCCCCGGAUUUACAGCUUUCGCUCGAGGCGUUGGACAUGUGGAAGAAUGAUCCGUUAUUCAAGCCGUUCUUUCACCAUGUUGGCAUGAUCGACACAUCCUCCUCACCAGAAGGAAUCGCAAACCUGAAGCGAAAACACCAAGAGCUCAUCGACGCGGGUGUCGGGCUAGAAAAGACGAAUUUCCUAUUAGAUUCCGAAGACGACCUUCUCAAAAAAUUACCCCAUUUCACCAGAGAACAGGUCAAGGGCUGGAAAGGCUUGUUCUGCGGCGACGGAGGCUGGCUUGCGGCUGCCAAGGCGAUCAAUGCCAUUGGGCUGUUCUUGAAGGAGCAAGGGGUCAACUUUGGGUUUGGCGGCGCCGGCACAUUCAAACAACCACUUUUUGCCGCCGACGGCACAACAUGUAUCGGUGUUGAGACGGUCGAUGGCACGCAGUAUCACGCCGAUAAAGUGGUUCUCGCCGCUGGAGCUUGGAGUUCGACGUUGGUUGAUCUCGAGGAUCAGUGCGUUUCAAAGGCCUGGGUCUUCGCCCACAUCCAACUAACCCCCCAAGAAGCCGCCGCGUACAAAGACACUCCCGUCGUCUACGACGGCGAGUACGGGUUCUUCUUUGAGCCGAAUGAGAACGGCAUAAUAAAAAUUUGCGACGAAUUCCCCGGCUUCACCCACUUCAAAUCUCACAAGCCCUUCGGCGCUACAAGCCCAAAGCGGAUCUCAGUCCCCCGAUCGCACGCAAAGCACCCCACAGAUACAUACCCCGACGCGUCGGAGGUGACGAUCCGGAAAGCGAUCGCGCGGUUCCUACCAAAAUUCACGAACAAGGAACUGUUUAACCGCUCCAUGUGCUGGUGCACGGAUACGGCGGAUGCGAACCUGCUCGUUUGCGAGUAUCCGAAAUGGAAGGGGUUUUAUCUCGCCACCGGGGAUAGUGGUCACAGCUUCAAGCUCCUCCCGAGUAUCGGGAAACACAUCGUCGAGCUGCUGGAGGGGACGCUGAGCCCCGAGCUUGCGCACGAGUGGCGGUGGAGGCCUGGGGGCGAUGCGCUCAAGUCGAGACGGGCGGCGCCUGCGAAGGAUCUGGCGGAUAUGCCAGGGUGGAGGAAUGAGGCCAAGUUGUAGUUGGUCUGGCGCGUAGAGGUCAAAGGGAACUGACUAGUGGUACGAAAAUGGCCAGAUAUAUAUCAAAUUAUAGGUAAUGUCCUGGGAUAGGCAGGAAUGAAGAUAUCUGUAUAAUUAUAAGUAUGAACUCUUGAACAACACCAACAGAUAUCUAAAGAGCCCCAGUAUUUCGCCAUUAUCCUAUAGCAAAGCAUUAUACAUAAAGUCGUGACGUACUCGGCUCAACCACCUCGUCCGAGGUGAAUGAACAAUGAUAGUACCCCGAUUCCAGCGGGGAGUGUUCAAAAUGCGAUCUGGGCAACAUCUCCCUCCUAUCCUCACUCCCACUCAACUGCCCCUCCGAAUCACUAACCCGAUUCUCAAACCCCAACGGACUAGGCGAGGUAUACACCCCGGGCAACUCCCCCCACAUAACCGGCUUAACCGCAGGGUCAUCCACUCCAUUCGCAGCGACAACCUCGGCUGAAGUCAUCGGAUGACAAGCCGCACUGAUCGCCGCACUACACUGCGCCGCCAGCGGCAUCCUUGACCGGAACCGUCGCAGACCAAGCAAAAUCGCGACAACGGGCAUGGCUCCCCCGAUAACAAUCCCGAAGAUAAUCGCCACGGGGUUGUAUCCACAGGUUACGACCUCCCCUUGCGUAUACGGCUCGCCAUUUGCCUCGAACGGGAUAAUAUCAACGAAGAAGAACGCCUGUGAGACGAACCAAUGCAGGAGCGCCGAGACAGCCAGGAGCGGGAGACUAUAUCGAUACGGAAGCGAGAGGUAAUACGUUGAGCGCUGCGCGCCACGAGGCCACGACACACGCAGCGGUUUGCGGGUUAGGCCGUACCUGUCGUACUCUACCGCGCCGAGCAUGAUGGUGAGCAGGGCGUUGUACAUGAAGUAGGCGAAGGAGAUGAGGAGUUGCGGUGUGUUUGCUAGCAGGACCAUGCGGAAGAUGCCGUUUGUGCUUGGGCUUGUGCUGAGCCCGCCGAGGAUGCUGCCUGUGGUGACUUGGCCCAGCCCGUUGUCCCAGAUUGUGUGCGUCCCGUAGGAGCGUUGGAAGUCGGCUAUUCCCACCCAGAGAAGGUAGCCAGUUGGCGUGAGCAUGCCGGCGAAGCUGAAGCGAUGCGGUCAGCUAAGGAGCGGCUCGAGGACGAG